UUCAUGCAUUUAUUACGUAGUGUUUAACUAACCCAUUGUAUUCCUCCGGGUUUGAGCCCUAUAUAUAUAAUGCCGUUUCAAUGCAGUGCUUGGAAGCAUAGUAAGUGAAGUAAGAAUUAAACUUAGAAGCUUACUUACUACUAAAGAAAUGGGUUCUUCUCAAAAAUGGUUUUGUGUUACACUUCUUUUGUUGAGUGUGGUGAGUGUUGCUUUUGCUAAGAUUGAGACUGAAAGAUGGGGAAAUGAUGAUUGUCGCUUCGGUCGGAGAGGUUGUGGAUUCAGAGGGAGAGGAAUUGGGGGAGGUUUUGGCGGAGGACACGGUGGUGGUGGAGGUUUUGGAGGUGGAGCUGGGGGUGGUCUUGGCGGGGGAGGUGGAGUUGGUGGCGGAGGAGGUUUUGGUGGCGGUGGAGGUGGUGGUGUAGGAGGUGGUUCAGGUCAUGGUGGUGGUUUCGGAGCUGGUGUCGGUGGAGGAAGUGGUGGUGGACUUGGUGGAGGUGCUGGUGGCGGUGGCGGAGGCGGAGGAGGCGGUGGAGGUGGUGGUGGACUUGGAGGUGGAUCAGGUCAUGGUGGUGGAUUUGGCGGUGGUGUAGGCGGCGGUGCAGGAGGAAUAGGUGCUGGUGGAGGAGGAGGAAGUGGAGGUGGAGGCGGAGUUGGUGGUGGAUCAGGACACGGAGGAGGAUUCGGAGGAGGUGUCGGCGUUGGCGGAGGUGGAGUAGGUGGAGGUGCUGGUGGAGGAGGUGGAGGUGGUGGUGGAGGAGGUGGACUUGGUGGUGGAUCAGGGAGUGGAGGAGGAUUUGGUGGUGGCGUAGGAGGUGGAGCAGGAGGUGUUGGUGGAGGAGCUGGUGGAGGCGGUGGCGGAGGAGGAGGUGGCGGCGUUGGUGGAGGAUCAGGUCAUGGAGGUGGAUUUGGAGGUGGUGUAGGUGGUGGAGUCGGAGGGGGUGCUGCCGGCGGUGGAGGCGGAGGAGGUGGUGGUGGAGGCGGCGGAGGAGGCGGCCUCGGUGGAGGUUCUGGACAUGGAGGUGGAUUCGGCGGUGGAGUAGGUGGAGGAGCCGGUGGAGGUGUUGGAGGUGGUGGUGGAUUCGGAGGAGGCGGUGGUGGUGGAGUCGGAGGAGGAUCCGGUCACGGAGGUGGCUUUGGAGGAGGUGUAGGAGGUGGUGGCGGCCUUGGUGGUGGAGCAGGAGGAGGCGGUGGUGCCGGUGGAGGUGGAGGAUUCGGAGUAGGCGUCGGUGUUGGCGUUGGGGUUGGGAUUGGUGCUGGUGCCGGCAAAGGUGUCGGUGUUGGCAGUGGUUCCGGUGGCGGAGCAGGAGGUGGACGCUAAAAGAAAUAUGAAGUCGCCGACCGCCGUACCCGUGCAUCCUUUUUCAUGUUGGAUUUGAGGCAUAUUGAUAGUGUCAUUGUUGAAUUCAAUCUCCCCAAAUCCAAUCUGUACUUUUAUUUAUGUUCUUCUAUAUGUUAUCUUGGAUUUUGUGUCUAAUUAAUUAGAAGUGUCAAUAUGUAUGAGUAUCAUAUAAUCUGAUCGAUGAUACCAACACAAAGAUGAAAGUAAAGUCUCUAUGUAUGAUCAUUCACUUACAAAUUUUGGAACUAAAACUUAAUUUUCCCUGUCAUCGUUGUAUUUUAGCAUUAUGCUAUGGGUAUAAUUCGGCAACUUAAUAGUGUGGAUUUCCCAAUUCUUUAAGUUUGGAAUGUAUUGUUUGAUGAUUUCGAUCUGGCAUACGGAUAGAAAUUAUGUGCAUUCGUGUGAUAUUCUCAAGCAUUUUUGUUCUUCACUUCUUCUUGGCCCCGAAU